ACCGUCGUCGUAGUGGUCUAGUCCUCACCGUCAGUGGUCGUCGGUUCGUUGUCCCGUAACGCCGCCGCUUACUGCCGGCUGAUCACUGUGGUCUCAACACGCGCGCCGUACGCACACACGAUCGUAACAAUAAUAAUAAUAUAUUAUUGUCAUUUUUCGCGACCAGAUAAUUACGUUGCUGUUAUUAUUGUUAUUGCUGUUGAUGUGGUCGUCAUCGUUUCGAUAACAAAAUAUCGCAACAAACUGUACAAUAUUAUUGUCGCUGCGACACGAGCAGCCGCCGUCAAUUCGCGGCACUCAAUCGCUGCACGGUUUGGGAUGUGUCAUAAUUGACUGUCGCAGACCAUCAUCGUCGUCCUAUAUUAAUUGUACAAUCGAGAAAUCAAUUUUAUUACAUACGUUUCAAUCGCCGGAAAAUCGGAAACGGCUGUGAAAAAUCGUUUUGUGGAAGAAUACCGGAAGUACGUUUCUACAAAAGCUGUUUCGGCCGAUGCAACUAGAUAUGGCUCUGGGGAGUGCAGCUCCCACGAGCUUCCAACACCGCUGCGGGGUGACCACGGCUCUCAUAUUGGUCGUCUGCGUGGCACUAACAAAAUCUGCUCCGACGACUUACGAUGAAAUUGAAGCAAAACGGACAGACUUGGYGGACUAUUUUAAUGACCCAAAUGGCUGUUACUAUAAUUAUCAACACUACGAAGAAGGUGACCGAAUAGUGACCAACGAACCAUGUUUGAACUGUACAUGCCACAAUAGAAUGCUGAUGUGCUACCUGAGAGUGUGUCCAUUUUCAAAAGCAAUUGGACAAGACUGUACGGUACAGAAAUCACCGGAUCAAUGUUGUCCCACCAUUUCUUGCCCAGAAGUUGGUUCGGAUGUUACAGUGCCAGUACACCUGUUGACCAGUUCAACCACACCAACACCAACGACAACGACCGAAAUUGGAUGGCACGACAACUACGGGUGCAUGAUGGAUGAAAACGAAUUCUUUCCGGAUGGGGCGCAAGUUCCUCCCAAUCCAGAAAAGCCUUGUGAACUAUGUUACUGUAUUAGAAACCGAACAGCUUGCAUCAUGCAAGAGUGUACGUUACACGUGGAAGGCUGUCGGCCGGUAUACCAUGAAGGCGUUUGCUGUCCUGUUCGAUACGAUUGUGAUUAUGAAAGUGAAAAAUCUACAACAUCGACACCACAAAUCAAUGGAGGACUAGUAUUUUCCACUACUUCGGCGCCGUUUGAUUGCCAAGUUAACGAAGAGACCUACCGAGAUGGAGAGUCUAUUGCUAUGGUCUCAGAAAAGCCAUGCGAACAUUGUUAUUGUAUGAGAGGUGAUAUCGUAUGUGCAGUUCAAGACUGUGGUGAACCACUCAGAGGAAAAGACUGCACACCGGAAACACCACCGGCUGGUCAAUGUUGCCCAACUUCUUAUCAAUGUGCAAACGAAACAAACAGCUUGUAUGACACAACAACGCUWCAAUCGAUUUCACUUAGUGAUUCAGACGAAAACGAAGCUGAAAAAUUCCCAUUAAAUGAAGAUAUAUACAAUAAAUUAGGAGAAAACCAACCAACAAGCGAACAAGACAACGGAAAUGAUGUGGAGUCUGAUGAUACUCCAGGCAAUCAAAAUUCAGCAGGAGAAAUGAAUAUAUUACCAAAUAGUGAUGGUUCAAAUAAAUUAAACGAAGGCAAUAAGCAUGAAACUGCGAGUGUCACGUCAAAUUCAACAAAUCAGGAAAACUUUGUCAGUACAGAAUCUGUACAACCUAAUUAUGAUAGUACAGAAAAACCUGAUACACCAACAUUAGUCGACGAAACACAAUCAAUGAAAUUACCGGAAUCUGAUCCUUCAUCAAAUGAAAACUCAAUUUUUUCUACUACUCCAACUAUUUCCAAGAAAAAUGAACAAGAAAACAAUAAUAACGAAAUUCCAGAAAAACCCGCAAUUCAAGACAGUAUUACAACAAAUUUACCAGUUGCAUCAGCGGAUAAUUCUGUAGAUAGUGGUAUACAGAGUUCAAACGUGCAAGAUAAUCCUCAAGAAGAUAUCACUACUGAAAAUAUUGCUGUAUUUGAAAAAGAGAUUGUUACAGCAAGUAAUAACGAUAAAAACUCAAACACUACGUCACAACCAGACAAAGCAUCCAUUGAAAAUCAAAAUCCUCCCAAAAUAGAAAAUCAAGACAGUGCUCACUCUGAAAUUUUAUCACCAACUGAAAUCCCUAAAGUAGUAAACGAAUCCACUGAACAAAAUAAACCAAUACUGGACAGUAUUUCAGGAACUAAAAACCAACCAGAAUCAGAUAAUAAACCUAUACACCAAAAUACCAAAGACAGUCCUCAGUCAGAAAAUGUAUCUUCAACUGAAAUUUUGAAAGUAGAAAAUGAACCUACUGAACAAAAUAAACCAGUAGUAGAUAGUACUUCGGGAUCUGAAAAUAAACCAGAAUCUGAUACUACGCCAAUAGAACAAAUAAAUCAAGAUAGUCCUCAGUCAGAGAACGUGUCUCCAACUGAAGUUUCUGAAGUAGAAAAUGAAUCUACUGAACAGAGCAAGCCAUUAGUGGACAGUAGCACGGUAGCUGAAAACCAAUCAGAACCUGAUACGACACCUGUAGAACAAAAUAAUAAUGAUAGUCCUCAGUCAGAGAAUGUGUUMCCAACUGAUGUUCCUAAAGUAGAAAACGAAACUACUGAACAAAAUAACCCAAUACUUGAUAGUAUUUCAGGAACUGAAAACCAACCAGAAUCUGAUAAAACAUCUAUUGACCAAAAUAAACAGGAUAGUCCUCAGUCAGAGAAUGUAUUUUCAACAGAAAUUCCCGAAGUAGAAAACGAGCCUACCGAACAAAACAAACCAGUAGUGGACAGUACUUCAGGAUCUGUAAACCAACCAGAAUCUGAUAAAACAUCUGUUGACCAAAAUAAACAGGAUAGUGUAAAUCCAUCGAAUGUUGUUGAAACAAACGUAAACAGUGAUCGACCUGAAAAUGUUGUAUCACAAAUAACCUCUAAUGAAGCAUCAACUCAGUACAGUGUGAGUGAUGAUUCAACGAAUAGCCCUAUCCAAGAAUCUCCAAAUAUUAAUAUUAUCAAYGAUGUGGAGGCGAGUACUAAUGUACCAUAUAAGCCAGAAGGUCCUAAUGAAAUAAAUCAAGAUUCAAAUACUGAAACUGAAUUAUAUGCAACUCAGUCACCUACAGAAAAAAAUAUAUUAAACAUCAACCCUACUGUUGAUGGAAAACCAUCCGAAACCCCGCAGAAUGCUCAUACGCCAUUCGUAUCAAAAACGCCUGAUUACAUUAUAGAUAUAACAACAUCAGGUUAUAGUGAAUCAUCGAAUCCCCAGGAACCGAACAUAACGAACGAACCAGUUGAUUCUGUAAAUGAAGUAACGACAUAUAGUGUUGACAAAAAUAAUGACGCGGUAACAGAACAAUAUGAAAACGUACAACCAGGAGUUCCAGGAGAGGGAAGCUGUUUGAUCGAUUUUGUGACUUAUGCACAUAAAGCUGAAGUUCCAAAAUCUAAUCCAUGUCAUGAAAAAUGCGAGUGUUUAAAUAGUAUAGUCACUUGUACUUCUGUAAACUGCCCACCUGCACCACCUCAACAUAGAAAUUGUAUACCUUUACACCCAGGAAACGAAUCGUGGUGUUGCCCAACAUAUAUGUGUGAAGGAGGCAUAGAAGGAAUGUUAUUUGAUAGUCAUAAUCAACUUGGUUCUCCUCAAUUAAUAUCCACUGUGAUAUUAGAAGAUAAGCCUGGUGAAGUAAAUGAUGAAAAAACGCAUACUGACGAGGAAAUUUCAAGCACUUCCAAUCCUCAAAUUUCACAAGAAUACAACACAUUAGCACCAUCACAAUUGGAUUCGAACUCUAAUAUAAAUUCUGAAGAUAGUGUUAGUGUGACCGAAGUUUCAGAACAUACUGAAAUCCCAUAUAAACCUAUGGAAGAUGUUGUAUCUACAGAUAGUGAAAAGGAUGCACCAGUAACAACUAUUUAUUCUGAAACAAUAGACAACGAAAAACCUGUAAGUAGUAAUCCGUCAUUGGAAAACGAAACACCAGUCGAUAGUGAUAAACCAGAAGAAUAUGAAAAACUGGAAGAAAACAUUAAACCAACUGAAAGUGAUCAUCUAACAGAAAAUAAUAAACCGACUGAAAUCAAUCAUCCAAUUAAAAACCAAAACCCAACGGAAAAUUCUGAGGACGAUUCUACAACGAUAUCUUACGUAACCGAUGACGUAUCAGUGACGAAUAAACCAGAGACAAUAAAUAAUAUUGAAAAACAGAAUUUAUUAAUCAACACGAUUAACGAAUCCCAARACCUAGUACCGUCGACCCAAUUACCUGAGAACUAUGAACCUGCAGUAACAAAUGUAAUUCCUACAAGUGAUCAAAAUAGACCAGAGCAAAACUCCGAAUCCGACAUAUCGAUAACCGCCACUACAUAUAAGCCUGGCGAUUCUGCUUUAGAUCAACAACAAGUGAAUACUGAUAAUAAAGCAAGCGAAGUAGAUAAUAAUCCGUCCACCAAUGAAGAUUCCAACAUGAAACCCGUCGACGGAGUAAUUGAUUUGUCCGUGAGUGAAAUUAAUCCUUUAGAAGUAGGAACUCAAGUACCCACGGUUGUAGCAGACGAAAAACCUAUGAUUUCUGAUAAUAACGUCGGUAGUUUGAGACCAACAAGUAUCGAUGAUAUCAUUWCGUCGGUUUACUUGGUUAAGGACGCAGUUAAAAACUCGUUAGAAACAUCAUCGAAACCUACUGAAACCUCGGACCAACCCAUUGGAUUAUUCGAAGACAACAAUCAACCAACAAUCGUGCCAGAAAAUYCUCCACAGGAUCAAUACAAUAACGAACCUCAAACGACUGUGAGUAGUGUUAAUGCUCCGCCAGAAUCACAACAAACAGAUGUAGUGAACGAAAUGUCACCAGAAAUCCCCUCAGCUACGACGGGAUCAAACGUUUUGCCAUCUUUCGAAAACACCGCUGAUGGAGUAGUGGAAGCUACCCAAAUUCCAAACAUUUCGCCACAGUCUGAAGUAAAUUUUGCCAACCAAGAAGUAUCGACCGAUUUACCUUCUAAGUAUCCUCUAGUUGAAACGGCAGUUGACGAUAGUAAAACUCCGAUAAAAUCUCCGACAACGCAACACUUGCCGAGUUCCGGUGAGCAGGACUUGACAAACGAUAACGAACCGGAAUCUCCUAUCGAUUCAAUUCUUCCCCAUAGUCAGAACGCUGCUAAACCAAUUAUCAACUCACCGGAAAUAGCUGUGGUGCUCAAUGACAACAAAACGCUCGAGAUCAGUUCACCAUCGUCUGAACAUCAUGAGGGGCCUGUGGAAGAYACAGCUGCAGUAGACAAGCCUGUCGCAGAAAUGAAACCAGAUGACGCGAAUAGUCAGAAUACACCCGAUUUGGAUGUGCCAGCGGAAGUUCCAUCACAAGUAGCGGUGACCGGUCGGCCAGAAGCCAAUACUCCAGACGACAAUGACAAUAGGUUCAGCGAACUAAGCAGUUCAUCGUUCCGUCCACCUAACCAAGGAGGAAACGUCAAUAGCCACUUUAAUGGAAAUCCUCGGCCGGAAACCGUUGGUGCUGUACACAUACCUCUUGACACGGAACUAUCURCGUUCAACCCUUCUACAAACGCUCCGCUUGCAACUUACCCCCAGAAGCCUUCGCACACACCAAUUCCGCAGUCUACGUGGACUCAAAAACCAUUCUACCAAGAAUCUACCUCCGAAGCGCCAUCACAACCAGAUCAAGGUUUCCCCGACGAGUACGACGAUGAUAACGAUGCAUCUUACGGGUCAGGUACAUGCAGAUACAGUGGCAAGAUAUACGUGUCUGCCCAGCAAGUACCCAGGGACGACCCGUGCGAUUUCUGUUUCUGUUUCCGAGGCGACAUAAUUUGCCUGCAACAGAGCUGCCCGCCGCCAAUAUUUGGGUGUUACCAAGAGAACAUACAAGGUUUCUGUUGUCCACGUUACGAGUGUCCGGUGGCCCAGGCUACGUCCGUUAACGUGACCACGUCUACCACUUCAACCACGACCGUAGUGCCACCACAUUUCUUCGCCAACGCUUACCGAGGGGCGGCCAGGCGUACCGGGUGCCUUAUCCAUGGACACGCUUACCGAGUGGGUGAAGACGUGGGAAUAGCUUCUGGUCCUUGUCUCGAGUGCAUAUGCGGUGCCGACGGCAARAUGAAAUGCGAUCCUAAGCCUUGCAGUCCAGAGCCUUUGCUUAGAAAAAUGAUGGCCGAAGCGAUCGACCAAAAGAGGAGAUGAAUAAGAAGGA